UUUUAUCUAUAAGACAAAUAUAACAACAACCUUCAAGCUAUAAUUAACUAUCUCAUCAAGUUAAGUUCCCCAACAAAAACAUGUAUGCUUCUACUUCCUUUACUUCACAACUCCUCCAUGAGGUUCUUGUGAAAUCACACUCAAGAAGGUUACUCUUCCAAGACCCAGUUGAUCAUCUAACAUUAACCAAUUCCUCUGUUUCCACAAACAACCACAAUUCAACAGACUCAUAUUUUGGAGUUAGUGAAUUUGAUUCUCAUGUUGUAACAAUACUCGCAGUCCUAUUGUGUGCUCUUAUUUGUUCACUUGCAUUAAACUCCAUCGUAAGGUGUGCCUUUAGGUUUUCAAAUGUAGCCAUCAACAAUGACUCUUCUUCAAAUUAUAGCAACAACCAUUCACCUCAAUUGGUCAACAAAGGUAUUAAGAAGAAAGCUCUUAAGACAUUCCCCAUUGUAAAAUAUUCAGCAGAGUUGAAAUUACCGAGUUUAGACUCAGAGUGUGUGAUAUGUAUCUCAGAAUUCAGAAAUGGUGAAAAAGUGCGCAUUUUACCUAAAUGUAAUCAUGGUUUUCAUGUUCGUUGCAUUGACAAAUGGCUAAAAGAACAUUCAUCAUGCCCCAAGUGUAGACAAUGUCUUCUUGAAACUUGUCAGAAGAUUGUCGGGUCGCAACAACCAUCUGUGUUGCCAGUGCCAGAAACCAUUAUAAGGAUUCAACCACUACAGCCCGAAGCCUUAGAACGAAACUAUAGGGAGAUAUAAGCUAUUUAAUUACUCUCUCUUUAUGACUUCUAUUAGAUACACUAGUUAGUUAGUUUACAUUAGAUAGUCACCUUAACUAGUUGUACUUAUGUACCCUUGAUAUAACUGAUUAUCAUUAUCAAUACAAUUUUAUUUCAUAAUUUUCUAUA